CGAAUUAAAAUAGUCGCUUUCCCUUUAAAAUUGCGUUAUCGCAUCAUUUUUGGGAAUAAAAAACUUUUGAGGGACAAACGAAUUGAAAUAUAUAUAUAUAAUUAGCAUCAACACACCUGCAAGUAGAGCAUAGGAGAGCGCUGCAUUAUUAUAACUCCCGAGAGGUGAUGCCAGGCGUGCAAUCCCAGGGUACCAUUGCCGGAUCACGUUCGAAUGACAGAGCGGCCAUCAGCUCCGCACAACCAGCUGCUGCUAUGAGCAUAAUGACAGGAGUGGAACAUUUAAAGACCAAGGAUUUCUGGAGGGCCGUAGGUGCAGAAUUCCUGGCCAUGCUCCUGUUUGUGUUUCUCGGUGUGGGCUCCACUAUCAAUUGGUCAGCAUUGACCAACAGUUCGAAAAGUACGCCUGACCCCAAGGUCCUCAUUUCGCUGUGCUUUGGCUUAUCCAUUGCCACCUUGGUGCAAUGCUUUGGCCACAUUAGUGGCGGACACAUCAAUCCGGCUGUCACGGCGGCGAUGCUCGUGACCAAGAAAGUGACCAUAGUAAAGGCGCUGUUCUACUUGGUGGCCCAGUUAGUGGGCGCAAUGGCAGGUUCUGGGAUCGUGCGCCUCGUCACACCCUCCACCCUCACGGAUAAUAUGGGCAUCUCUGCGGUGAAUGCAGAGGUGGGGGUGGGAAAGGGCUUACUGGUGGAACUGCUCUUAACGUUCCAGCUGGUCUUCACCAUUUUUGCCACAUGCGACUCCAAACGCACUGACCUCGGCGGAUCAGCUUCCUUGGCCAUUGGGCUGUCCGUAACGAUUGGUCACCUAUUUGGGAUUCCUUACACAGGAGCCAGCAUGAACCCUGCUCGUUCCUUCGGCCCAGCAGUGGUCAUGGCGAAUUUUAAGGAUCACUGGGUUUACUGGCUGGGGCCCAUGCUGGGUGGUGUGCUCGCGGCUCUCCUGUAUGAGUUCCUGUUCUGCCCGGCCUGUGGCAAGCCAAGUCCAGGACAGGUGAUUCCUAAGGACCAAACAGUUAACUACAAAGAGGUGGACAAGGACGGACCAGGCUCCAUGCAGCCGGUCAAAAGGAAGAAGAGGACCGAUCGGAAAGACCCGCCGCCAACGAGAGAAGUGCUGUCCACUGUAUGACGAGCAGAUUCGGAAUGAGAAUGGAGAGUAAGCUACAAGACAGAAUGACAAGAGUUUUUGGCUUUCAUCUUGAGUCCCCCAACCCUACACCUCCCAUGCCUUCAGAUAAUUCAUCCUUGAAUGCGUUUUCAGCCUAAGAGGGUUUGUGCACUGAACAAUUUCGAUGACAAGUUGCCAUAUAGCUUUGCUAGCAGCAGGAAGACACCUGCAGUCCAAGUGGGUGUUUUAUGGUCCAUCAAUUUACGUAGGAUCUUCAUUAGGCAACGGUGAACGAGUCGGGUGGAAAAUUGGGCCUUGUUAUUUUGGGAUUAGUGUCACAUUUACUCCUGGUUAAGCGUAUUACGACACAACUAAUGUACGGUAAGGUGGCCUACUCUUCUCUCUGAUCAGUAGGGUUUACACGAUUCCAAUCUAUUUAAAUAACUUGUUCAUUUACUGUACAGUUGAACCCCGCUAAUCACAGGGAAUUGACCUAAACCUAAACCAGCCUACAAAUAGCCUAUAGUUGAUGCCCAUUGAAAUGCAUUGGAUUAAAAAAAAAAAAGGCAUAAACCCGAAAACAAAUGUCCCCAAAAAGCUGAAAACAUUCAAUACACGGAAAAUGGAGGGACUCGACACUAAAUCUAAAAAAAUUGGUCUUAACAAAGGGUGAAAAA